CUUUUUAGGGUUUUCCUCAGCUUCCCUGACGAAGAGCGGAAGCGAUCGUAACUGCGCGGCGAGCUCAGAGGAGGAAGAAGGAGGAAGAAGGAGAAGAAGAAGAAGAUGGGUCACUCCAACGUGUGGAACUCUCAUCCCAAGACCUACGGCCCUGGCUCUCGCACUUGCCGGGUAUGUGGAAACCCUCAUGGUUUGAUCCGGAAGUAUGGACUGAUGUGCUGUAGGCAGUGCUUCCGUAGCAAUGCUAAGGAAAUUGGCUUCAUUAAGUACCGCUGAUUGAGUGGGAGUCAUGUCAACAACAAUCGGAGGAGGUUAUGCUUAAAGUUUUGUUUGGAUGUGUAAUUGCAAACUUCUCUUUCAUUUUCAUGCUCCGAGUUAGGUGUUACUGAGAAUUUUUUUGGAUAUGUUCUGUUGGCUAUUGCCCUUUGGACGCUGUUCUGCCCUGGUCUACACUAGGGGUAUGUCGACAUGGUUUAUUUGAACUCUUAAAGGAAAAACAAAAUCAGCACGAGUACCUCUUGAGAAUGUUAAUGUUAUUGACUUGGUUAUGCCAGUAAUUUAUCUGCAA